CUAACUUUUAAAUGAAUUGCUUCGGAUUUAACCAAACAAACGAUUUCAAUGAUAACUGCUUUUUCAACCCAUUCAAGGUUGCAACUGCUAACUACAUGUUUAUGUUUAAUGAUGAGGAGAACCUCAAGCAAGAGGUCAACAGCUUCUCUGAUUUUAAAUCUACUGAGGAGAUGAGCUCUAAGGGAGGAAGCAACCUCAGCGUCAUUGCUGAAGACAAUGCUCCUCUCUGUGAAGAGAUCACUCACAUUACCUCUUACGAAGAUGACCUCAACAAUUUGGCUUUGGACAUCCAAUCCCAAAUCAAUAAAGGAGGCAUCGAGAAUAUUGUUGAUGAGGCAUUGGAUAAUGUCUUUGAUGGAACUAUUGAAAAAUUCAGACCUAUCCAACAUAAAAAGAAAAAGACUGGUGCUCAAAACGAAUACCUCGAGAAAGCUCUUGAGAACAAUCAAGAGUGGGACAAGUCAUUCAUGCAAGAAAUUGCUGGAAAGCUUGACCUUAAGUACAGACAAGUGUACAAAUGGUACUGGGACAAGGUCAAGAAGAGACAAGCUAAGCAGGAGAAGAAAGCCUCUAAAGUCAAACACAACAAGUUUGAGGAUAUCGAGAGUGCUUUCUCUUCUGUUUUCAACUAAAUAUACCACAUCUCUUCUACUGUCAACUAAC